AAGUUUGACAUUGUCGACAAUAGAUUUUUUGUUCCAAUAACAGUUUCCUACUUCCUUCCCCUUCCCCUUCGCAUUCCCACUCCUACACACUCAUGUCGAUGAAAGAUUGACAAACCCACCCGCAAAUUUUCGACUGUCGAAGAACCGUUGAAUAAAAACAAAAUGCAUGGUUAGAAUUUGACAUUUUGCCGACUACUGCAUCAAAUUGCUUCAGUCUCGAUUUGGUUUCCAGUUAGACUCUAAGAUAGAAGAGAUGGCAGUGAACCAGACGGCGGCGUUGAAGGUGGGGUUGUGUCUAUUGGGACUCUGUUUAUUCGGCUACAUAGUGGGUCCUCCUCUGUAUUGGCAUUUCAUGGAAGGAUUAGUAGCCGUUAGCCACACUUCCAACACUUGCCCAUCUUGCCUUUGCGAUUGCUCUUCUCAGCCUCUUCUCACAAUCCCUGAAGGACUGAGCAAUGCUUCCUUUACAGAUUGUGCAAAGCAUGAUCCAGUGGUAAAUGAGGAUACAGAAAAUCACUUUGCAGAACUUUUGACAGAAGAACUGAAGCUAAGAGAAGCCGAAGCUUUGGAAAAUCAGCAACGUGCAGACAUGGCAUUACUCGAGGCUAAGAAGUUAGCAUCACAGUAUCAAAAGGAAGCAGACAAAUGCAAUUCGGGUAUGGAGACCUGCGAAGAAGCAAGGGAGAAAGCUGAAGAAGCACAGUCGGCUCAAAUGAAAUUGACAGCAAUGUGGGAAAUAAGAGCUCGUCAGAAAGGGUGGAGAGAAAAGGUCGCCAAAUCUAAUGCGCAGACACAAGGUAACCUCCAGUUUGUCUAAACCAUCCACCAUGGAUAGGAAGAAAAUUAGUAGAAAACGUAUUUCUUUCCUUCUUUUCUUUUCCACAUUCGCUCGAUGCUCUCGCAACAUGUUCUGUCGAUUACGGACAUGAAGCGAAUUUUAUAGUCAUCAUGAAUUUCGAGUUAAUAUUAUAGGCGGUCUAAU